CGUUGUUUUGGAAACCCGUUCCGAGUUCGGAAAUCGCGAAGUUCCGAAAGAAAAAGCGAGUAAUUCUUAACAUUUUUAGAUUUUUUCGUGCACGAUAACAACAAACAAGAUUCCCGUCGUCGUUCACGUUUAAAAAGUAAGCCCGAAAAGUGCCAGAUACUUGGAGAACCGGAUCGCGAAAAGAUCCGGAAAAAGACGGGGCUGAAGCAAAAACGAAAACGGAUUCUAAAUCCUUUUACAAAGCUACGUCGCAAACCGCUUUAUACGGAAUAACUUAACCACGUUAUUUGAGACACAUUGGUGAAUAGUGCCAGCCAAUUCUGCUCGUGUUCCGUCUCGUCCCAAAAAAAUUUGGAAAAGAUCAUAAAGAAGACAAGCGAGUUCGCUCGCCGUUCCUGAACCUUCGUUGUUUUUGGUGCUUUCGGUAACACAGAAAUCCGAUUCUUUAACGGGGUGCUACUAUGAUGCCUGCGCUUGCUUCAACAGUUCGUCGUGCUUGCUCGGGUGCAAAUCAGUAGACGCCGAGAAGAGCAGUGCGCGGGUGUCAAGGAGCAAAAGGUGGUGCGACGGCAGAGCAAAUUGCACAAUUGAUUUUCUUUGCCACACACUCCGAGUGUGUUGCAAACAGGCCAAACAAAUCGUUGUCAACCUUGACGACGGCUACUAGCGGAACGAGAGUGCACCAAAACACACACAAAGCGCAGCAUUAAGGACUUCCGAGGGAGUGUGCCAGGUUUUGUUGCUUGGGUGUAAUUAGUGCUAGCGUUUGUGUGUCCGCGUAUUAGAGACUUGAAUCGAAAGGAUACGCCGUGUCGAACAGAAUGGAGGAUAAGCUGUUCACUAGUGUGGAAGAGGAGUGUCGCCACUGGAAGGAGCGAUACCUAAAGGUGUCCCAGGAGCGGGACGAUGCGCAGCGAGAGUUUGAUGAUUUCACCUCGGACUCGCGACAGCUCGAGGCCGAGCUAGAGGCGACGGUUGAGCAGCAGGAAAAGAAGAUACGGGAUUUGAACCAGAUGGUCACACAGCUGCACAGCGAGUGCGAUUCGUACAAGCGGAAGCUGCAGUACAACGAGAACGAAACCAGCAAACUUGACUGCGACUACCGGCAGUUGGCAAAUGAGAACGAAAAACUUAAGGUGUACAUCCGAGAGCUGGAACAGAAAAAUGACGAUCUCGAGCGGGCGAAUCGGGUAGCGAGUGAGAGUGUGGUCGAGUUUGAGUCGAUGCUGAACCAGGCAUACGAAAAGAAUGCUUUACUCGAGCUGGAGGUUGAUGAGAAAGAACGUAUGCAGAUCAAGCUGCAACGAUUGAUGGACGAAGCGCGUGAUCUCAAGCAGGAGCUGAAGGUACGAACGCUGAAGCCGGGCGAGAACGGCGAGGAAGAGCAAGGGCAGGAAACCGCUAAGGAACAGUGCGCCACGAGUCAGCUGGCGAACGAUAGUAACAGUGCGUCCGGUACAACCGGUAGCACUCAGCUUACGAACAUGUGUCUUGAUGCAAACGGUUCCUUUAGUGCGGAACCGUCAAAGUUGGAAAUUGUCAAUAACAAUCUGAACGCGACCAAACAGCGUUCUGCCCCCUCGAUACUAGCCCCAUUGGCGAAGCUUGCCGGCAACAAGCUACACGACCUAGGCAGUCCCCUCCGAGAGGCAAGCUCUGAAGAAGCAAAAACGUUCGGGGAUGCAACGAAAGGCUCACCUUUCCUACCGACAGCAGCUACCCCCACUGGUGCGUUAAUUAUCGAACGGAACGGAAACACGACGACCACGUCCAACUCGAUGGCACUAGUGCCGCUGCAGGCGACGAGCGGCGGCUUAAACCCACCGAUGGCACCAAGUGACCGUGUGUCGACACUAAACAUCGUGGCCGAUCUGCUGCGACGGCUGGACAAUAUGGAGGCGAAGCUGAAGGCAUGGAAAAUUCGUAAACCUUCCUCCAGGACCGGAGGUGGUACGGGCAAUGCGAGUGCUGCUGCCAGCACCGGAAGCCAGCGAUCGCUCUAUUCUCAUAACCACCAGCAUCAUGCGCAUCAUCAUGCUCAUCAUCCCAGCAGCCAUCAGCAAGGACAACCAUCUAGUUACCAAAGCCAUCACCAUCACAACAGUGGUAGUAACCAUUCGCUCAACUCGCUCGUUUCCGAUGGAACGACGGGUGCGAGCGGUGCGCUCAGCGGUAGCAUCGCGAACUGCUGCGGAAGCAGCAGUAGUAACAUGGGCAACGUGCAGUUGCACUCCUACCAGCCAAGCACGAUCACGAUCGGUACGCAAACGUCACAGCAGGCGACCGUGGCGGCACCGGCCAAGACAGAGCUUCUGCUAAGGACAAGCAAAUGAGCUGCCGCUUGCCUCACCAGUAACUCGGCAACGGGCAUGGUCGUUCUCGGCCUAAUCCCUUAGCCUCCUGAGAUUGGUUGUUUAUUCUUUUAUAUCUAUCUUUCCGUUUCCGUUUUGUUACCCGCAGUAGUAUGUUUUAGAUUAAAUUUUAACUACUAACGCCUGUCCCAGGAAACUACACAAAGCGACAGAAAUUAUGUGUACGCGCGAGCGACAGAGAUAUAUGUAUAGAUAUAUUUUAAAAGGGAUUCGUUUCCGGAUGUGUAUAAUUCAAGGUUAGGUUGUAUAUAUAAUGUAUUGAAUAGUACUGAUUACUGACAACGGCUGGCGGGCAGGUGCUUUUGUAGGAAUCGUGGAGUUGCCCUGGUGGGCUCAACGUUUCUCGCGCUUCUCCAACGGGUAGUGGAAAUUUUUGUAGAGCCAACCGGUGGUUUUACUUGAUUUCGGUUUCCAAAUAGCAUAACCAUCACAUCUCUCUCGGUUUCUCGCCUUUUGUUGUUGGUUAACAAUGGCAGCAGAAUCGUUGAUCGGUUUUAUCCUGGAGCCUGCGGGACGUAUAGGGAGUACUGCAAUAGUAGUAGGUAAGACACGCGCGCAUACACUGAAACACAGGCAUUUGACGUGGGUGCUGGCAAGUCGAGAAUGUAGAAAUCUGGUGAUUUCAUUCAUAGUACUAUCUUUCCCCGGUUAACGAUGAGUAGACAAGAGACCCGUGUCUCAUUAAAAGUACGUUAGCUACUCAGUUUGCUAUUCUGCGACCCAAAACAUUGCUAGAAAAGAUGGUUUAGAAAAAUAGAAAUGAAGGCCGAAUGUAGGGUUUU